AUGAAGACCACUGUCAUCGCCAUCCAUGUGUUGGUCGUGUGUGUCAUCUCUUUGUGGGUGAGUGCAGCGGACCAGUGGACGCCCACCGCCCACGACCUGGAGGUGGGGUACUGUGUGGUGGACAACAGCCUGUCCUGCGGAGUGGUGUCGGGGUUCGCGGGCGACGCCACUAUACCCUGCGUUAGGCCUAAACGGCCGCAACGGCUCAACGACUCGCAAGCCUUGCAAGUGCUUCACCAGACGUGUCCCGACCUCAUGACCGGUGCGGACGACGACCCCCUCCUGUGCUGCGACGCCGACGCCCUUCACCUGUUGGCCGAGUCCUACGAGUUGCCGAAGACGUUGGGUUUGGGUCGGUGUCCCUCGUGUUACCACAAUUGGCGCAAAAACUUCUGCCACUCGACGUGCAGUCCUCGACAGUCGAAGUUCAUGACUGUCACCAAAUCGAGUCCAUACAAAGGGGACGCCGAGGAGGGCACCGGCGAUGAGGGACUCAUACGCGUCGAUGAAGUGACUUAUUAUAUGAACCAAGACUUUGCCGCAGAUCUGUACGACUCGUGCAAAGGCCUGCCGGGAGUGUCUGCCGGCACCUCCAUUAUGGACCUCAUGUGCGGCAAAUGGGGCUCAAAGAAGUGCAACGGUUUCCGGUGGUUGGAGUUCAUGGGUCUGUCCCACGAGAACGGGGGUCACGCGCCCUAUCAGUUCAACUAUGUCUUCUCCAACGAGCGCCGCCUCACCGUCGAUGGCGGUCGACAAGUGUAUCCGCUGGACGUGAGGGCCCUCUCGUGCUCGGAGGCCCCGCCCGGCGAACAGAAGUGCAGUUACGCCGACUGCGCCCAAUCGCCGCAGAGGCUCCAGAACCCGCCGCAGUUGCCUCAGAGGGCCCCUCCCGUCACUCUACUCAAUAUGAGCGCCACCACCGCCGCCGCACUCAUACUGUACCUCAUUAUCGCCGCCUCUGUCUUCAUAUACUUUGCCAUCUAUUCGAUGCGAAACGACAACAAAAUCGAGAUAAGCAGUCAUUCGUCCAGUUCUUGCGAAUCGAUUAACGGACACAACGGGAGACCCACGAGUCUGUCGCACAUCGAGAGCGGCGACUCGUCGGAGGCAAAGCCGUUGCGAAGCGAACUGUCGGUCGACGGCACCUACCAAUUGAAGGACAGCCCGCCGUCCAGUCCCGACAUCCAUAUGUGCGCCCAACUCGACAUUAUUCAACCGCUGGAGUCCAUACACUCUGCAAACCUGGCGAUUGGUAUCCGAUUGGAGCGCUUCUUCGAGCACAUGUUCCGCAGUUGGGGUACAUUCGUGGCGCGCAACCCAUGGAUGGUGAUCAUAGGGUCGCUGUUCGUGAGCGGCUACUUCGCGUUGGGGGUGUUCACCAACUGGCAGGUGACCACCGAUCCCGUGGACCUAUGGGUGCCUGCGGGCAGUCCCGCGCGACGCGAUAUGGAGUACUUCAACGAAAACUUUUGGAAAUUCUAUCGCAUCGAGCAGUUGAUCAUUGAGCCCAAGGACAGGGAGGGCUUCUUCAACGCCACCAUUGGUGACGAGGAGUUCACAUUCGGCCCGGUAUUCAACCAGUCGUUCCUCUCCGAGGCCUUUGAUUUGCAGCGAAAAGUGUUGGAAAUCAUAGCCACCGAUGAGGACACGAAUGAGUCGAUUAGAUUGAGUGAUAUCUGCUAUAAACCAUUGGGCGGGGAGUGCGCCACGCAAUCCAUAUUCACCUACUAUUUGGACAGCAAGACCGAGCUUAUGAAGGAUACUUACCUCAACAAAGUGGUGUAUUGCACCCGGAGUCCCACUUAUACUGAGGAGCGGAAAGAGAACUCGUGUUUUAAGCCUAAUGGCAUACCAUUAGUAUAUCCCGGGGUAGCGCUCGGGGGCUUCGAUGGCGACGAAUACACCAAAGCGACGGCACUUAUCAUAACGAUUCCCGUCAAGAACUACAACAACCCCAAGGAAAAUAAGAGAGCCAUUGUAUGGGAGAAGCUGUUCCUGGAGACGGUGGCCAAUCAUUCCUCCAAAGCGAUGACCAUUGCCUACAAAGCCGAGCGAUCCAUAGAAGACGAGUUGGACCGGCAGUCAAAGUCCGAUAUCGUGACCGUAGCCGUCAGUUACCUAAUAAUGUUUAUAUAUAUUCUGCUGGCGUUGGGAGACCUCAACAAGUGCUCCACAAUCCUAAUGGACGCCCGCUUUUCGUUGGGUUUCGUGGGCGUCACAGUUGUCCUCUUGUCGGUGUUGGCCUCUCUCGGCUUCUUCUUCUACUUCUCCAUUCCGGCCACUCUUAUCAUCGUCGAAGUCAUACCGUUCCUCGUGCUGGCCGUCGGCGUCGACAACAUAUUUAUUUUGGUUCAAAGUUUUCAGCGCGAUGAGCGCCGACCCGACGAGCAACUGGUGGACCAAAUCGGUCGAGUGGUGGGCGAAGUGGCGCCGUCUAUGAUGUUGUCGUCGCUGUCGAUGUCGUCGUGUUUCUUCAUCGGGACACUGACCACAAUGCCAGCCGUCCGUAUGUUCGCGCUCUACGCCGGCGUCGCUCUCGUCAUCAACUUUUUCCUGCAAAUGACGUGCUUUUUGGGUUUGUUUGCGUUGGACACCCGGCGCCAGUUGGACAACCGGUUGGACAUCAUGUGGUGUAUAAAGGGGUCGAAGAAGUCGGAGAAACACCCGGCGGUGGGCGGCAAAGAGGGCCUGUUGUACACGUUCUUCCGCGACAUAUACUCGCCGUUCCUAAUGAAGGACAACAUCCGGAUACUGGUGCUGCUGGGCUUCGGCGCCUGGUUGUGCACCAGUGUUGCGGUGUUGGAUAAACUACACAUCGGACUGGAACAGGAGCUCUCGAUGCCAGAGGACUCCUAUAUGAUUAACUACUUUGACUUUUAUCAGAAGUAUUUCGUUGUGGGCCCUCCCGUCUACUUCAUGGUCACCGAAGGCUAUGAUUACACUCACAAUGAGUCCCAGAACGCCAUGUGCUCUCUGAAUGAUUGCGACAGAGACUCGCUGCCAUCCCUCCUGGCCUAUAUGGCCGAACAGUCCAAUCUGACAUACAUUCAAACGAAACCCCUUCCCUGGAUGGACAGCUAUUUUAGUUACAUAUCGAGCACCGAUUGCUGUUUUAAAACUCCAGACGAUAGACAAUGUUUCAAAGGUGAUAAGAAUUGCACUGAACAUUGUUGGCAAUCGGAAAACGGUCGCCCAUUUGGUUCCAAUUUCACCAACAAUUUAGGCUAUUUCUUGCGGCACUCGCCCGACGCCAAGUGUCCCAAAGGAGGGUUGGGUCAGUACGACGACGCCGUCCAGAUGUACGACAAUGGAGGGGGCAUUAAAUCUACUUAUCUGAUGUCAUACCGGACCACAUUGAAGACGUCGGAAGACUUUUACGAGUCGUUAAGAUAUUCGCGAAUAAUAGCCGAUAUAUUGACCGAAAAGCUGCAAAACGCUACGAACAGCAAAGCGAUUGUCCGGCCCUAUAGUUUCCCAGACGUGUUCUACGAGCAGUACCUGACGAUGUGGGCCGACACUAUCAAAAGCCUUAGCAUAUCGAUUACGGCCAUUUUCAUCGUGACCUACCUGUUCCUCGGGCUCGACAUCUACUCGGCGCUCAUUGUGGCGCUCACUAUACUUAUGAUUAUUAUAGAUUUGAUGGCAAUGAUGAGAUGGUGGGACAUCAGCCUUAACGCCAUAUCACUCGUUAAUUUAGUUGUGGGGGUGGGAAUAUCCGUCGAGUUUUGUUCGCAUUUAGUCCGAUGUUAUGCAAUCUGUUCGGCGCCGACACGUGUGUUGAGGGCAAAAGAGUCGUUGGCUAAGAUGGGAACGUCGAUCCUGUCGGGCAUAACGCUAACCGACUGCGGAAUCCUAAUCCUGGCGUUCGCCAAAUCCAAGAUAUUUCGCGUGUUUUACUUCCGGAUGUAUUUAGGGAUCAUAGCGUUCGGAACGCUGCACAGUCUUAUAUUCCUACCGGUGCUGUUGAGUGUGAUAGGGCCGCCCCUCAAUAAACAGCGGCUACUGUUUGCCGCCACUCACUCGUCCACACCUCAGUCCACAUCGCCGUCGUUCUCGGCCUUCAAUAAGAAGUACAACAACAGUACCGGCGCUGACGACACAACACUCGACGAUAAGUCGGACAAUACAUCGUCACAACAGUCAUAGCCACGGGUCGACCCACUCGUCCGACUCGAGACUUAACACUAAAUUUGUUGAAUAUUUUCAAUUUGUAUUUAAGUAUAAAAUUUAUUUUUCAAUUUCGAGUCCCACUCCCACGAUAUCUCUAUACAUAUAUUUUGACUCUAAUUGUGAUAAAAAUAAUUUUUAUUUUGAUUUGGAUUACAAUUUAAAAGCAAUUAUAAUGAAUGAUAAUUAACACAAACAAGAAAUAGAGUUGAGAUUAAUAUUAAGUUUAUUGAUAUUUAUUGAGCAAAUGUUAGAGAAAAUGCUUUCAAAUAUUGCAAACAAUUAUAGCCUAU